AUGUUGUUGCAACCCCAACAGCAGGACAUGAAUACUCUGUUGCACAACAUGUGUGCACAGAUUCUGUCACUGACUACGCAGCUCACCAAGAUUCAGGCUGCCCCAGCAGCUGAACCCACGGUUGAGCAAAAAUUCAACAAAAAAGUCGAAAUUGUUGCUGACCCCAGCACUUUCAAAGGAGACAGGGCUCAAUUUGCUGAAUGGUGGAUCAAGGCAAACUGGGACAUGUUUGCCGACGAUUUUGAGAUAGCCACUGCUGUGCUAUCAAGACUAAAAGGACCUGUGGCGGGUAGAUACACCCAAGUAAGACUGCAGGAGUGCUACACUGUGGGAGUGUGGCCCACCUGGGACGAUCUCAAAGUAGAGAUCAAAAAAUAUUUCAAACCGCAAGCUGAGCGUGACUGGGCACGUCAGCAAAUUUGUUCCUUCAAGCAAGGAAGCAUGAGGACGGAUGAUUACAUCACCUGGUUCCUGGCUCUCUCUAUCCAAGGAGGGCUUGGAAAUGAACAUGCAGUAGAGCUGCUAGAAUGCAAUGUAAACCCCCACAUUGCUGAGCAGAUCUAUCUGCAGGAUAUACAGAGCGACAACCUGGCCCUGGCAGCUGAGGAAGUCCAACAAGUCGGUAGAGCCAUGGAGCUCUACGCUAUGCACCAAGGUGGUGGGCCCACCACCAAAAACAACCAAUCCCAGAGGCACCCUGGGUCAUCAAAUCACCAUAAUCACUCUCACGGGUUCAAGCCGUUCGGGCUGCAGCCAGGACAGGGUGCUCCUAUGGAUAUCUGCGCGGGGCACAUGUCCCGAGAUUGCAGAAACGGGGCGCAGGAUGCCCAACAAAAAAAUAACCAAGGGCGCCAGGCGUGCCAAUUAGAAACUGAAAAGCCAGAUGAUCAGCUCAAUACUCUGGCCGGUUGUUCAUACGACGAAAUCCAAGCUUUCUUCUAUGACCAGCAGGUCAACAAAAUGAAAGCUCAGGGAAAAGAGUUUGGAGCUUAG